AUGGCAGAGCCUGAGCUGCUCCUGGAUUCCAACAUCCGCCUGUGGGUGGUGCUGCCCAUCGUCUUCAUCACCUUUUUCGUGGGUGUGAUCCGCCACUAUGUGUCCAUCCUCCUGCAGAGUGACAAAAAGCUCACACUGGAGCAAGUCUCCGACAGUCAGGUAUUGAUAAGAAGUCGAAUUCUAAGAGAAAAUGGAAAAUACAUCCCAAAACAGUCCUUUUUAAUGAGAAAGUUUUUCUUCAAUAACCAAGAAGAUGGAUUUUUUAAAAAGACUAAAAGAAAGGUUGUUCCACCUUCUCCUAUGACAGAUCCCAGUAUGUUAACAGACAUGAUGAAGGGCAAUGUGACCAAUGUGCUUCCUAUGAUCCUCAUUGGAGGCUGGAUCAACUGGACCUUUUCCGGGUUUGUCACCACUAAGGUGCCAUUUCCUCUCACUCUCCGGUUCAAACCGAUGCUCCAGCAGGGGAUUGAGCUCCUUUCUCUCGACGCCUCCUGGGUGAGCUCAGCAUCGUGGUAUUUCCUGAACGUGUUCGGCCUGCGCAGCAUGUACUCCCUUAUCUUGGGACAAGACAAUGGUGCCGAUCAGUCCAGAAUUAUGCAAGAACAGAUGAGUGGAGCUGCCAUGGCCAUGCCUGCAGACACCAACAAGGCGUUUAAGGCUGAGUGGGAAGCCCUGGAGCUGACUGACCACCAGUGGGCUCUGGAGAGUGUGGAGGAGGAGCUGAUGAGCAAAGACCUGGAUCUGGAUGGAAUGUUCAGCAGCGAAUUGCCCACUGGCAUCUUCUGAUUGGCCAGAGCAUGUAGUACUGACACAGUGCUGCAGAUUUCAACAGCAGCUGUAUGGGGAGAGGAUCAGAGCAAGAGCUGCAUGAAGAAAUGACCAGGUUUUUCUCGGUUGAACAUUGUUGAUUAGGAAGUCAAAAAAACAGCUGCCUACAUUUGUAUUGAUUGCUCUUUCUGUGGAUGUCCAGUUCAGGAGAGGAAACCCUAAUUCUUCGAGGUCUGCUGCAAAAUGCUUCAUCAAACAAGCUCAUAUGUUUGUAUAACUGCGAUUUUGAUUUUACCCUCCCUCAGCGAGGUGCAGUCAGUGGAAAUCAAAGCUGCUGUACCAUGGUAGACUCCUGCAUUAUCCCUGUUCAGGAUGGUUUAGCCAUCUCUGAAAAGGUACUACCAGGAAUUGAAUACUGGUUCGCGCAGCUCCUGGCAUAGGGAUUGUACAUCACAAUGCUUUACAAGAAUUACUUGGCUCUGCCUCAGUUUCAGCUCGUUUUAUUUUUGUGCUGCCUCUUCAUGGUGUUAGUGUUCUGGUUUCUGUCUCUACCCUUCUGCACCCCUCCCCCUCAACACUAAUCCCGUCUUUGAGUUGAAAGCAAGGCUGGCUGGCCGACACAGCUACAUAAUUCUGACUCUUUAACAUGUACAUAUUCAAAUGUGUAGAAUUCAACCAUUGAUGUUUAGUGUAGUGUAUUUUUUUAUAUUUAUUUUCCAAGCCAUAUUUCGUGUAACAUUCCCUUCUGUUUUGUAAAGAGACGGUUUUGACUAGAGUUGUUUUUUGUGGUUUAUUUCUCCUCUCAUCGUAGUCCUGUAUAUUGUUAGCAUUAGGGUAGUAAUGUAAGUUGAUUCUUUGUCCAAAAUGGCUGACCAUCUGAGGUUUCUGUUGUCAUGGUGAUGGGGAUCAGUAUAUAAAUACUGGUAGUAAUAAUAUUGUACCCCCAGACUUUGAGAAAUGGAGUUAAGUAAUUUACUGGCAGUUUUUACAUUAUCAAGUGCAUUUAUGAUAUAUAAAAAUCUAUGAUACACUGUGAUAAUCUGAAAUGGUCAAAUAGUUCAGUAUGUAGAAACCUUGUGGGAUUGGCAUUUGCUUGUAGAUGUUUUGAUUUUCCUGAAAAUGCUGUCCUGUAUGCAAGACAAAAAUGUCCAUUUAAAUCAAGGGGGCUUUACUCCAGUCCUGUAAGGGGCAAACCAAAAGGUUUUAAAACAUCUUGCUAAAAGACGUUAAAAAAUCAACAGAUGAGGGCUUUUGAAGUGUUUAAUUCAGGCAAAGUGAAUGAGUAGCUCAGAUAAGCAGGAAUGCUAACAUCUGGAAUGAAAACUUGUAGACACUACAUGUGGUCUUCAAAUACUAAAGCCGUACAACAUUUUCAAUAGUUUUUGAAAGUGUUAAGUAGAGAGUUUCCACUUGUAGUUGUAAAGCUCCCAAAUGAGGCUAGGAAAUCUGUACACCAGAAUACAGGCAUUUUGGUUAUUUGGUGUACUCUGCUGUUUUAUUACACUUACGUCAGCAUGUGUGAAAUAGUGUGUGUGACCUGCACGUGUGUGGUCUGGAGCACUUGAUGGAAACUGUUUGGCACUUAGACACAGCUAUUGUGAUGGCAACUCAAAUCUAUAAAUUAUCUUAAAGCUGGUUUCUCAGGUUGCUGUGGGUGUUUAAAAAGGGGACUGUAAUAGGGUUUGUGACACAACAUGCCGUGACAAGUUAAAGUUGGAUUACUACAACUCUGCUCAGAUGUUUGAUUCCAUAUUGUUUAAUGUGAGGUGCUUCAGAAGUAGUUGUGUUUCAGAUGUUCUGAUAUUAUCUUGGUCUUUAAAUUAAUAUCCCUGAAGAGAUAAUGACACUACCAGAAAAGAAGUGAUCCUCAUUCCUCCAUUACGAUGCAACUAGUAAUAAUUUACAGCUAUUCAGGUAAUUUGGAACAAAUGCUUACUUUAAUUUUCCUGUCUUGAGUCUGUCAAAAUCAAUGAUUGUGGCAAUUUAUUUUUUCAUAUGCAACGGUCUCAUGAAUGCUAGCAGAUUUCUCACACAGUUCAAAAUGCAAAUGUUUGUAACAAAAUAAAUGAUUAAAAUUAUAUACCACUACAGCUCAUUUUUAUUUAAAAUCUAAGAAGUCGACAUUUUUUUUAUUUUCAACAGCAGCAUUUCAAGAGAAACGGUCUUAACCAGGUCUUGACGUUUAUUGAUGAAUUAAGCCUUUUAAUUUCACAUCACAGUCUUUGCUCACAAUGAGUCAGUUAUCGACUCAGUAAGUCAGCGCCUGAAAUGAAGGUGGUGUCAGAUGCUUUGAUUU